AUGCCAGAUCUGGACCAGAAUCGAGGCUCUGCUCCCCUUCUUCGUAACAAAAUCCAAGUAAGCAUGUUGUAUUGCUGGAAUUCGACGACACCAUGUCUAAGCUAUUCAUUGGCAGCCUGGCCUGGCACACCGACGAUGCCACCCUCCGCACCAAGCUGGACGAGGCAGUUGUUGGGGUGAUGGACGGGAGCAGACCUGCGUCGCCGGUACAACAAGAAGACCGAGGCAGUCUCGGUGGUCCCCAAGAGCAGGGUAAAUCGUCCCCGACAGUACCGCAAGGCGGUCGCUCUGUCCUCAACACCUCCCGGAAUUGGCCAGGCGGCGUGGAUUAA